GUUGUGGUGGAUCGUGUGGGGGGACUGAUGUUCUUGGCUCGUUUGAUCAAGUUUCACAUCACAACCCAUCAACAUCAAACAGUUUCAAAUCCGCCACACCUCUUGCUUUGUUGACACCGCCUGUCAUGUCAGCUCUCGUGCAAGAACACCUCGAGUCGUACAUCGACUACCCUAUCGACCAGGUCAAACCCCUCCAAGAGAAAUUACAUCAGCUCCACCUCUCCCGGAAAUGUCAACCCUACGCGUACCGCAUGCACUAUCUCAAGCAGAUCGGCUACCUCUUGCAAGACAACGCCGAAGCCAUCUGCGAGUCGGUCAAGAAGGACCUGGGGAGGAAUAGGGACGAAGUGUCCUUUACCGAAGUCUGGACGUCGGUGCGAGAGGUCGACCUGACGGUAAAGAGGUUGAAGGGGUGGAUGCAGGAUGAGACGGCGUUUUGGGAUACGAUCUUGGCCUUCAAGGGGAACAACCCUAGGGUAAAGAAACAGCCUAAAGGAGUCGUCCUGGCUAUCGGACCUUGGAACUACCCUUGGUACCUGAACAUCGGUCCUCUGAUCGGGGCCGUCGCUGCAGGUUGUCCGAUCGUCAUCAAGCCCUCGGAACAUUCGAAACACUCCUCCUUGUUACUCUCCCAGCUGGUACACAAGUACAUGGACAACGAAGCGCACCACGUCGUCCUCGGCGCCGUGGAGCAUUCGACCAAGUUGCUGGAUCUCCGGUGGGGCCAUGUCUUCUUCACAGGGUCUACUGGAGUCGGAAAGAUCGUAGCACAGGCGACAGCCAAGAACCUCGUCCCCUGUACACUCGAGCUGGGGGGGAAAUCGCCCGUCAUCCUGACAAAGUCUACCAACUUCAAGAUCGCCGCCAAGAGGAUCUUGUCCAUGAAAGCUUACGGGGCCGGACAGAUGUGCACCAAUGCGGACUACGUGCUCUGCCCAAAAGAGCAUGCGGAUGACUUUGUCAAGGCGUGUGAAGAUGCCUUGAGAGAGUUUUAUCCUCGUAACGGCUCCAAAUCGAUCCUCGACUCGGAAGCCACCUCUCAACUCGUCCACAAGCCUCACUUUGAUCGGAUUACCAAAUUCAUCGAACAGGCCAAGGCGGAUGGUCAUUACGUGAUUGGGGGAGAGUCCGAUGAGGAGAGGAGAAAGGUCGGGUUGACGUGUGUCAAGAUUUACGCGGAUAAAGAGUCCACGGGCGGGUUGAUGACCGAGGAGAUCUUUGGGCCGAUCUUGCCUAUCAUCUCGGUACAGGACGUCGAUGCCGCCAUCGAGUAUGUCAACGCCAGACCUACCCCGCUCGCUCUCUACGUGUUCUCCGAAAAGCGCAAGGACUUUGAAUACGUCAUCGAACGCACGCUAAGCGGCGGAGCUUGUUGGAACGAUGUGAGCAUCCAGACCGUACAGCGAGGUCUGCCUUUCGGCGGUGUAGGCGAGAGUGGAUGGGGAAGUGGGCAUGGGAAGAAUGCUUACGAGACGUUCACUCACCGACGAGCCACUGUCGAUGUCCCGAGCAACCUGGAGCCGUUCAUGCGACUCCGUUACCCUAAUGCACCUAAAUGGGGCAUGAAAGUGUUCGAGGCGCUUAUCGGCCACAAGCUCUCCUUUGCUCGUUCGACCUCGGUCGCUGCAGAAACCAAGAGGGAGAAGAGCCGGGAGAGGAUCAGAAAGUUUAUCAAGUACCUGAUUGGCCUCGUUUUCUUGCUGCUGGCCAAGAGACUGCGCGGUUAGGAUUGAUGCCCAGCGGACGGUCUGUGAACUGGUUUCCUUGUAACUAUCCUUGUACCAGGCUUUCGAAGAGAUUAUCUGAAGGAGUCAUUCACUGAGCAAUUAUGUAUGAUCAUACAAGC